AUGCCGACCGUGAAACACAUGCACUAUCGCGCAUCAGACGUAUUGGAAUCCGAGCGCUCCUCAUUUUUCGGCUUCGUCCGCGAGAUCCCGUUGAGCGGGAACACUGUGGAAUUGGUUGAACAACUUCAAGCUGCCGUCUACGAAACUGCUGUAGUUGGCGAUCGGCGUGUGCGCCGCUAUUUCGAAGAGUAUGGCACAUCAUUCUUUGGGGAAACUACUUAG